AUGUUACCUUCUCGAUGGUAUUCUACUAAUGAAGUUAGUUCAGAAGAGCAAUUCUUAGUCACAGAUAAAUUUUCUCAAAAUAUGUUAGCUUUGCCAAAUGAUACUCCAAUUCCUUAUUUGUAUCUUUUCAGACAGAAAAAAGCAGAUUUUCCUUUGAAAAACAAGUCAAAAUCUUUACAGCUAAUUGAUUUACUCCAAGAUUUUACUGAAGAGGAUAAUACUGAUGAUGAAUCAGAUUCUAAUAAAAGCCAACAAGAU